UUACAGACACAGAGGAGCAGGUCAUCACAGAAAUUAAGUUUCUUCAGAUACUUAGACCAGCUUGUGUGAUAUUAUGGAGACCAAACAGAUGUGUUUCCUGUUUACUUGGGCUGAUCAUCUAUCUGGGCUCUGUGGCUUCCUUCAGCAUCAGCCCAAUGACAACAGGCCUACGCUCUGCCGUUUCCGCCACACACAGCAGCAGCAUAUUGGGUGGUACUCAGCGUGCUGUGACCUUUGACCACCUUCUAGUCAACAUUGGUGAAGACUUCAAUCCAGAGACGGGCACUUUCCGUUGCCGCCUGCCUGGUGCGUACUACUUCUCAUUCACAGUGGGAAAGUUCCCAAAGAAGAUGCUGUCGAUCAUGCUGGUGAAGAACGGGAUGGAGGUGCAGGCCAUUGCAUAUGAUGGAUACCAGAACCAGGGCCGCAAGGUUCUGAGCCAGAGCGUGAUGGUUAGUCUGAAACCUAUGGAAACAGUGUACCUGCUCCUUCAGGACAAUCCCCACUACGCCAUCUACAGCAACGUUGGACCAUACAUCACAUUUAGUGGUUAUCUUGUCUAUCCAGACUCUACAUCCUCUGUUGGAUAUCUCAAUAACCACCUAUCUCCUCCAGGCCUCCAUCUUCCAGGUUGUCCUCCCCCUGUAGAUGCUUAUUAUGAUUGGAGAAGAAGAACAACCAAUGAGGAACCACGUUCUGCAUUUUCAGUGGCAAGAACUACAUCAGCGCUGGGAGAAAGCAGAGUGCGUCGUGAAAGAGAAGCUCUCAAGUUUGACGUGGAGUAUGUCAACAUAGGCGGCCAUUUUAACAUAACAUCCGGACGUUUUACCUGCCACUUCCCCGGUGCAUAUUACUUUGCAUUUACCGUGGGAAAGCACCCUCGUUGUGCGGUUUCAGUGAAGCUGAUGAUGGGAAGAGGGGAGGUUCGGGCCAUGGUGUUCAAUGAGGACAUGUCACGGCGGAGAGAGAUGCAGAGUCAGAGUUUGUUGUUGUCACUGAAAAGAGGAGACAGUGUCUGGCUGUACAGUCAGCAGGAUGACGGAUAUGCCGUUUACAGCAACCAGGGACGAUACACAACCUUCUCUGGUUUCCUGGUCUACCCUGAUGGUGAAUCCAUGAACAGAGACAGAACUUACCCCUGAGAACCAAAGCCAGCUGCAGUACUGAUUAAUUCAUAGUUAUGCCUUCAGACUUUUGUUUUUGUACUAAAUAUGUUUGUUUUUGUACCUCUUAACAUAGUACUAUUGUUAUGUGCUUCUACGCAUCACAAUCAUAAUGUAAAUAAAUAUUGUAUAUUUUUUUUGAGGGGGGGACUUGAACUUCAUUAAUGACUUAACAAGCAUUUGGGCUUUUUACACUUGAAUGAGUUAACCCUGGGUCAUUCUAAACCCAGGGUAAACGGAAUCCUGCUUUAACAAUUAAUCAUGGGUAUUAAUACGCUAUCUAAACCCUGGGUUAAAGUUCUUUUUUGCAUAUUUGCGGUGUCAGUUUUAUUGAUUGGACGAAUUCAGCAUGUGACCUGUUCACGUAAAGGCUCUUGCUAUCAAGUUUUACUAUCAAGUGUUUUUUUUUAUUUUUUAAUGGACCUUUUUCGAACUAUAAAGGUCAAACGGUCUCUUCUUUACUUCAAGUCACGUGUUUUCGGUUACGAUCACAAAUUGACUUUUU